AUGUGCGAUCCUGGAACAGAGGGCGUGAGACUAAACAAUCCUGAUGUUAGGCGAUGUGUGAAGAUCACGUCAGGCCUUUGGGCUCUUCCACUAUUGGGUGUCAUAGUCAUAGAACCACGAACGGACCAGAAUGACAAGGCAAACGCUGGCAAAGAGCUUAACGAGCGGGAAUUGCAAAUAAACGAAAAAUUCGUGGCUAUCUACGUCAAAGUCUCCAAGUUCUAUCAACUGCUGGAGGCCAGCCACGUGGCCAACAACACCCUAACGUAUCGUCACGUGACCGUGUUCGCGCCGACGAACCGAGCUUUCCAGAAGUAUAAUGGAACGACGAAGAACUUGGUCCUUUACCACAUGUCGAACUUUCCAAAGACGAUCGAGAACCUGGGGGACUCAAUCUCAUCAGAGCUCGAGGGUAAUCCUCCAUUAUGGGUCACUCGGAGGCCGAGCACGCACGGCGAGGAAGUUUACAUAAAUAACGCGAAGAUUCUCACGGAGCAAAGUAAUUUCCAGUCGAAGGUCACAGUCGGCGGCGACGUGAAAACGCAGGUCCUGCAUAUUAUAAAUGAAGUACUGGAGCCAGUACGUUCGAAUUCAGCGGAAAUGCCUAUUUCCAGUCCGAACGCCUUCGAAUUUUUGAACCAGAGCGAGAACCUUGAGUUGGGUGUUCAUCGAGUACGCACCUUCCGACAACGGGUCGUCAAGGAACAGAAGGAGGAGGUCUUCAAGGCGGAUGGACGUUACACCUUUCUCAUCCCCGUUGAGGAGGGUUUCAAGCCGACACCCAGACCGGAAAAGGUUGACCGCGUGGUGAUCGAUGGCCACGUGAUACCUAACCACGUCCUCUUCACAUCACCGACACCUGACAACAUCCCCUACGAGACCCUCGCGUUCUCCGACAACAUCAAGGUCACCGUUAGCUUUCUCAAACAACACGACAAAGUUUACGUCAAGUCCAAUACCGUGGCGGGCGACGCGAAAUAUCCGACCGGAGUCGUGCUCGCAGAGAUAAUUAAAGCGAACAUCCCGGUGCGCAACGGUGUGGUGCACCUGAUUCAACGGCCCCUGAUGGUCGUCGACACCACCGUGAAGGACUUCCUCGAGUCCUUCAAGGAAAAGGAGGACGGGCCGGUGUACAAGUUUUACGAGACGAUCCGUGAUUUCGGCGAGGAGAUCAUGACCACCAUAAGUCACCUGCGCGAGGUUACGCUGUUCGCGCCGAGCAACGCGGCCCUCGAGGAACCUGGUGUGCAGCAGAUCCUCCAAGACAAGCAACGCGUCAAGGAGAUCUUGAACCUCCAUUAUGUCAAGGAACGUUUGCCACUCGACAAGCUAAAGGACAGGACCGUCAGCCAGAAACCAUUGAUCGGGAAGCAACACGAUGGGGUGCAAACGGCGGCGGACAGGAAGAAGCUGUACUUCAACGUGGUCCAGGGGCCAAGCGGAAAUCAGACAGUGACCGUUGAAGGUGGCGGUGUGAACGCCACGGUGGUAACCGCAAAUAUCGCUGCCACAAACGGAAUCAUUCAUAUCAUCGACAGAGUUCUCGGUGUUCCGUACACUACCGUGUUGGAUAAACUUAGGACUGAUCCCAUGCUCAACACCACCUACUUCCUGGGCCAACGACGCGACUUCAACGAGCAGCUGAACGAUACGACGAAGCGUUUCACUUAUUUCGCUCCGCGCGACUACGCUUGGAACGUGGCGGAGAUAAACUUCCCGUCCGCCUCGAAGAAACUCUUUAUGCCUGACUUCAGUUAUCAGACAAAACAAAUUCUCGAACGACAUCUCGUGAUAGCGAACGAGGCGUUCACCAUGGCCAAGCUGAAGGAGAUGAAGCACAACGGCACCAUCAUCCUUCCAGCGGCCAGGGAUAGUCUGAAGCUUCGAGUCCGGGAGCAUAGCGAAAAUGACAAGUACGACGAAAACGCGAUCCAUCCAGAAACAUUCGGUUACGAGAUCGGUUGGGGCGGCAAGUGGAUCCAGGUGUUCCGUCCGGACGUGGAGUGCACCAACGGUAUCAUCCACGUGAUCGACGAGGUGCUCCUAAAGGACAGCGACGUGAGGGUGAGGGGAGCCGCGUCUGUGAUCAGUCUGGCACCGCAUCUGAUCAUGAUCCUAGUGGCCAAGUGGCUGCUUUAA